AUGAAUGCUGAAACUCAUAUGCCAGAAUCGAGGGUAAAAAUUGCCCAAAAUGCUGAAACUCAAACAACUGAAUUUGAAUAUUUAUUUAAGCAAGCUGUUCUGCAACCUUUUAUUGAGAAAUAUUUUGCUAAUAAUGAUGAAAGAGUGAGGUUUUACACUGGUUUGCCGGGUUUGAUGCGCUCGAAGCAACUUUUUCUUUCAUCAGUCUGUUCGUCACUUGAAGGGGUAAAAGCUUGUCUUUGUUUCAAGAAAUUGUUAUGGUAUUAAUAAAAUUAAGAUUGAAUGUUCCUCUGCAAGACCUUGCAUAUAGGUUUGGC